UCAAUUUGUAUUUGGGCGUUUAGCUGCUAUGGGUAAUAGGUGCUUGGGCUGCGUUCAGGCAACGUCGUCGGCUGCGUUUGAGUACGACACCGUAAAGUUGGUUCACAUCCGGAAUCAGAAAAUAGGAUUCGUCUACAGACUCGUGCAACUCGCUAUCGUUGGUUACAUUCUGGGUUACGUGAUUGUUUAUCAGAAGGGAUACCAAGACACUGACCUUGUAGUUAGCUCAGUAACAACAAAAAUGAAAGGAACAGCAAUGGCAAGUGAUGACCAGCUGUGGGAUGUAGCUGACUAUGUUGUACCUCCAGAAGAAACAAAUGCUGUAUUUGUUACCACCAAUGCUGUUAUCACUUCUGAUCAGACACAAUCAAUAUGUGGAGAGGAUAUAGAGCUUGCACCCUGUCAGGUGGACAGUGAUUGUCAGGAAAAUGUUUAUGUCAGAAAUGGAAACGGCAUCCAAACUGGUUUAUGUAACAUGACCACAAACUCUUGUGAAAUUCGUGCUUGGUGUCCUGUGGAGAACGACACUUUACCAGAUCCGCCACUGCUUGGAGAUGCUCCCAAGAACUUCACACUCUUAAUCAAGAAUAGUAUUGAGUUUCAGAAGUUUGAUUUUACCAAACGAAAUAUAUUAGACAGAACUGAUAAAAACUUCUUGGCGAGUUGCACCUAUGACGACAACGACUCAUUAAGACAGUUUUGUCCAAUAUUUGUGUUGGCACAAACUGUGGCUGAUGCUAAUGCUAACUGGAGCGAUUUAGCACUGAAUGGAGGAGUCAUGGGUAUAUUUAUCGACUGGAACUGUGACCUUGACAAAGGAUAUUCAGACUGCGUACCAGACUAUCAUUUUAGAAGGAUGGACAAAUCUGACAGUAAACUAGCUAAGGGAUACAGCUUCAGAUAUCCGGUCUACUACAUGAAAGAUGAUGUCCAGUAUCGACGCUUGGUCAAAGCCUAUGGAAUUCGAUUUGAAGUCAUUGUGAGUGGCGAGGCAGGAAAGUUCAGUAUUGUUCCUCUCUUGCUAAAUAUCGGCUCUGGCAUAGCGUUACUGUCAAUUGCAACAGUCAUUUGUGAUUUGAUGGUGAUGUAUAUUGUUAAGAAACGUCAGUAUUACAAAGAGAACAAAUACCAGCUAAUAGAAGACGAGGAGUCUUUGUUUCCACUGGAUGUUCAUGAUGGCGAUCACAUUGAAAGUCAGGACUCAGAAAAGAAACAACUGAAUGCAGCAAACUCCAGCCACUACAGCAAUUGACAUUGUUGUCCUCAUAUCCAUGCAUCCUUGCUUAGAAGUGUAGAAUACACUUUACAAAAGUGAUUGGCUACAGUGACUUCUUUUCUUUUGUCGAUGAGAUUUAGGUAAUAAAUUAGGUGCUUUUCUA